AUGCUCCUCCCUAUAUUUGGACACACCCUCGUUUUUCGCCUAUUCUCCGAAUCUAUUUUGAUUUCGUUUCGCUGUUUUCAUUUUCCAUUGCUUGACUGCGUUGAUCUCGCUGCUGAACGAGGUUGUUUGAUUCAUUUCCAUUGCUUCACUGCGUUGAUCUCGCUGCUGAACGAGUCAAAUAAAACUUAUUGGAGAAAAAACGUAAUCCAAGUUAGUAAAGAUCUGAUUUUGACAUUUGGGACAUGGCAUAUUCCAGUGAUCUUCUCAAAAUCAUCGGAAGCUGUCGACACAUGGGAGCUUAAUUAG